GGAGCGUUGUAAUUUGCUCAUUCUGUAAAACGUUCGAAACAUGGUUUGAUAGCUUGCUAACUGAGCUAGCCUGAAGGUGUUUUUUUGUGAACUAUUUUAGGAAUGCCUUCUAAAUUGUGACACGUGCGACAAAUAACUAGUCAGAGGUUUGCUUUGAAUGGCCAUACCAGAGAGGGUCAGGUUUUAUGGUUGAGUUCCCUGACCCACAUUGACUGGCGCUAGUUAGCUAGCUAAAACGUUUCUACUUGGCUAUCCAAGCUAUACGUUUUCUAGUAACGUCAGCGGCAAAACAAAGUAGGUAUUCCAGCCCAGCCGCAUCCCUGGACCGGUAACAUGGACUACCCACCCAGCAAGCGCCUCAAGAGGAUGAGCCAUGCGGCUCCAUGUAACGACCCCUUCGGAGAUGACGAUGACUUCACCCAGGAUGAUCUAGAAGAGAUUGAUAUUAUAGCAUCUCAGGCCGUGAACGGGGAGCUAGCAGAACCAGGGCCAAGCUCCAAAGGGACAACUAUGGCGAUGGGGUCCAUUGGUCCUCGACCAGGGGAGUUGAAGAAGUCUUAUUCGGGGAGCAGACAACAACCCUCUGGUCUGGCCAUGAGUAACCCAAUGAGAGACGGAGAGAUCCCUGAGUUUCCAUGUAAAGAAACUUUUGGUAAGACUUCUGAAAUAAAUGUACUGUCUGUGGCCUAAAGCACUUAACGUACCUAUUCCUGACAGGAUAUAUAUUGUUCUCUUGUUUUUUUUUAUUCCUGACAGAAUAUAUUUUCCACUUGUUUUUCUGUUCCUGACAGAAUAUAUAUAUAUAUAUAUAUAUAUAUAUAUACCUGUUGUAUCCGGCGCAUGUGAGAAAUAAAUAAGAUUUUUGAUUUGAUUUGUUCUUCCAAUGCCGACAGAAUAUAUAUUUUCCACUUGUUUUUGCAGGAAACGGACAUCAGUCAAAAACUGACGGGGAGCAUUUAAAGCAAUUGGAAGCCCAACAAGCAGACCUCAAGAAAAAGGUUGGAAACUGACAUGCUGAGGUGUUAAACUCAAAUCCUGGAAAGUCUCAUGACAUGUACUCACAUUGCUAGUUUACCUUUUAGAAGUCUCAGCAGCAUGCUCAAUAGCAUGUUUGGCUAGUCAUAAACCAAAUAUGACGGUGUGAUGUGGUUGUGUUCUACAGCUGAAGGAGGUAGAAGAGGAGAUCCUGAUGAAGAACGGAGAGAUCAGAGUUCUGCGUGACUCCCUCAGGGUCGCCCAGCAGGAGAAGGAGGCGCAAAGACAGGCUCAGCUCCUCCUGGAGAGGGAGAAGAGAGACGCUCAGAGCGAGAAGGAGAAGGAGCUCUCCAAGAAGGUAGACGUCCCAAGUCUGUUUUUGAUACUGUACGACUAUCAAACCCUGAUGUAUUAAGAAACGACCCUUUACACACUAUCCUGCCGAGUCCGACCUAGAGUUGCAAAAUUCCGGUAACUUUACCAACAUUCCCAGGUUUUCCAGAAAUCCUGGUUUUAAAAUUCCAGGUAUCAGGAGGGAACAAGCAGGAAAUCCAGAAUCCUCCAGCCUGGAUUUCUGGAAAACCUUAUCCUUUUUUCAAAGUGACAGGAAUUUUGCAACCCUAUGCCGACCCGAACCGUAUGUAAUGUAGUUAAGAGCGUACCCUAAGCUCACUUCACAGUUGGCUAGAAAUGUCGCAGAUGAAACCAUCCAAGAGGUACCUUUUGGGUUGCUCAACCCGUUGGUACGUUGUCAAGGAGGACAGUCACAUGUGUUUGCGAGCAGAGUAUCACUGGUUCGAGUCGGACAGCUGUUAGCAGCACACUGACCCCCGUUGCAGUGGAGGAAGCUCAACUGUUAGCAGCACCUUGGAAGUCAGUUUUGCGUACACAGGACAGUCUGGCUCGGCUCAGCUUGGCUUGGAUCAGUAGUGAACAAAGAGUACAGAGGUAGCCUACUCCUUUACUUGAAUGGUUAUUUACAUGUCUGACACAAGAUGAUGGGCCACUGCUUUAUGGUUUAAAUAAAUUAACCUUUCUCAUCCAUUCUGGCUGAUAUUGUAUGCAUCCCAAAUGGCAUCCUAUGCUACUUUUAACCAGAGCCUUUAUAUAUAAAUAUAUAUAUAUAUUGCACUAUAAAGAGAAUAGGGUGCCGUAUGUAUGUAUAUGUAAUAUAUAUAAUGGUCAACUGGCAGCUUCAUUAAAUAGUACCCGCAAAACACCAGUCUCAACGUCAACAGUGAAGAGGCGGGAUGCUGACCUUCUAGGCAGAGUUGCAAAGAAAAAGCCAUAUCUCAGACUGUCCAUCUUUUUAUUGGCCAGUCUGAGAUAUGGCUUUUUCUUUGCAACUCUGAUUAGAGUGGCACAGUGGUCUAAGGCACUGCAUCACAGUGCUAGCUGUGCCACUAGAGAUCCUGGUUUGAUUCCAGGCUCUGUCGAAGCUGGCCGCGACCGGGAGACUCAUGGGGCAGCGCACAAUUGGCCCAGCGUCGUCCAGGGUAGGGGAGGGAAUGGCCGGUAGGGAUGUAGCUAAGUUUGUAGAGCAUGGCGUUUGCAACGCCAGGGUUGUGGGUUUGAUUCCCACGGGGGGCCAGUAUGAGAAAAAAAAAAAAAAAAAUGUAUGCACUCACUAACUGUAAGUCGCUCUGGAUAAGGGCGUCUGCUAAUUUACUUAAAUGUAAAUGUAGAAGGUCAGCAUCCCGGAGUCGCCUCUUCACUGUUGACGUUGAGACUGGUGUUUUGCGGGUACUAUUUAAUGAAGCUGCCAGUUGGGGACCUGUGAGGCGUCUGUUUCUCGAACUAGACACUAAUGUAUUUGUCCUCUUGCUCAGUUGUUUACCGGGGCCUCCCACUCCUCUUUCUAUUCUGGUUAGAGACAGUUUGCGCUGUUCUGUGAAGGGAGUAGUACACAGCGUUGUACGAGAUCUUCAGUUUCUUGGCAAUUUCUCGCAUGGAAUAGCCUUCAUUUCUCAGAACAAGAAUAGACUGACGAGUUUCAGAAGAAAGUUAUUUGUUUCUGGCCAUUUUGAGGCUGUAAUCGAACGCACAAUUGCUGAUGCUCCAGAUACUCAACUAGUCUCAAGAAGGCCAGUUGUAUUGCUUCUUUAAUCAGCACAACAGUUUUCAGCUGUGCUAACAUAAUUGCAAAAGGGUUUUCUAAUGAUCAAUUAGCCAUUUAAAAUGAUAAACUUGGAUUAGCAAACACAACGUGCCAUUGGAACACAGGACUGAUGGUUGCUGAUAAUGGGUCUCUGUACACUGAUGUAGAUAUUCCAUUAGAAAUCAGCCGUUUCCAGCUCCAAUAGCCAUUUACAACAUUAGCAAUGUCUACAUUGUAUUUCUGAUCAAUUUGAAGUUAUUUUAAUGGACAAAAAAAUAGCUUUUCUUUCGAAAACAAGGACAUUUCUAUGUGACCCCAAACUUUUGAACGGUAGUGUGUAUAUAUAUAUAUAUAUAUAUAUAUAUAUAUAUAUAUAUAUAUUUUUUUUUUUUAAUAUUUAUAAUGGUCUUCUGAUGACCAUCUAACCCUAACCCAUUGGUUUGUCUGGCUGUAUUUUAACUCUCCAACCUAUCCAACCUAUGCGUGUCUUACGGAGGGGUUGGAAUGAAGCAGAAGACAAGUUUCCGUUGGACGUCCAAUAGAGUGAUCUGUGUCAACAGGUGCAGUCCCUGCUGUCUGAGCUGCACUUCAAGGAGGCUGAGAUGAAUGAGAUGAAGACUAAACUACUGAACACAGAGAGAGGAAGGAAAGCAGCGGCUUCACCUGUCACCAGAAACAGGUAACCAAACACACACGCUGUCACCAGAAACAGGUAACCAAACACACACGCUGUCACCAGAAACGGGUAACCAAACACACACGCUGUCACCAGAAACAGGUAACCAAACACACACGCUGUCACCAGAAACAGGUAACCAAACACACACGCUGUCACCAGAAACAGGUAACCAAACACACACGCUGUCACCAGAAACAGGUAGCCAAACACACACGCUGUCACCACAAACAGGUAACCAAACACACACGCUGUCACCACAAACAGGUAACCAAACACACACGCUGUCACCAGAAACAGGUAACCAAACACACACGCUGUCACCAAGAAACAGGUAACCAAACACACACACUGUCACCAGAAACGGGUAACCAAACACACACGCUGUCACCAGAAACGGGUAACCAAACACACACGCUGUCACCACAAACAGGUAACCAAACACACACGCUGUCACCAAGAAACAGGUAACCAAACACACACGCUGUCACCAGAAACAGGUAACCAAACACACACGCUGUCACCAAGAAACAGGUAACCAAACACACACGCUGUCACCACAAACAGGUAACCAAACACACACGCUGUCACCAAGAAACAGGUAACCAAACACACACACUGUCACCAGAAACGGGUAACCAAACACACACGCUGUCACCAGAAACAGGUAACCAAACACACACGCUGUCACCACAAACAGGUAACCAAACACACACGCUGUCACCACAAACAGGUAACCAAACACACACGCUGUCACCACAAACAGGUAACCAAACACACACGCUGUCACCACAAACAGGUAACCAAACACACACGCUGUCACCACAAACAGGUAACCAAACACACACGCUGUCACCAGAAACAGGUAACCAAACACACACGCUGUCACCACAAACAGGUAACCAAACACACACGCUGUCACCACAAACAGGUAACCAAACACACACGCUGUCACCAGAAACAGGUAACCAAACACACACGCUGUCACCAAGAAACAGGUAACCAAACACACACGCUGUCACCAGAAACGGGUAACCAAACACACACGCUGUCACCAGAAACAGGUAACCAAACACACACGCUGUCACCACAAACAGGUAACCAAACACACACGCUGUCACCACAAACAGGUAACCAAACACACACGCUGUCACCAGAAACAGGUAACCAAACACACACGCUGUCACCAAGAAACAGGUAACCAAACACACACGCUGUCACCAGAAACAGGAAACCAAACACACACGCUGUCACCAGAAACAGGAAACCAAACACGCACGCUGUCACCAAGAAACAGGUAACCAAACACACACGCUGUCACCAGAAACAGGUAACCAAACACACACGCUGUCACCAGAAACAGGUAACCAAACACACACGCUGUCACCAAGAAACAGGUAACCAAACACACACGCUGUCACCAGAAACAGGUAACCAAACACACACGCUGUCACCAAGAAACAGGUAACCAAACACACACGCUGUCACCAGAAACGGGUAACCAAACACACACGCUGUCACCAGAAACAGGUAACCAAACACACACACUGUCACCAGAAACAGGUAACCAAACACACACGCUGUCACCAAGAAACAGGUAACCAAACACACACGCUGUCACCAAGAAACAGGUAACCAAACACACACGCUGUCACCAAGAAACAGGUAACCAAACACACACGCUGUCACCAAGAAACAGGUAACCAAACACACACGCUGUCACCAAGAAACAGGUAACCAAACACACACGCUGUCACCAGAAACAGGUAACCAAACACACACGCUGUCACCAAGAAAUAGGUAACCAAACACACACGCUGUCACCAAGAAACAGGUAACCAAACACACACGCUGUCACCAGAAACAGGUAACCAAACACACACGCUGUCACCAAGAAACAGGUUAGCUGCUCUUCAGUCUACCAGUCUUUCUGUAUAUGAUAUGUAAUGAGAUGAUUGAACAUAAGACGAAAGUACGCAGACCAACAAUUUUCAGGCAGACAUUAGACCGUUUUCAAUCUGGGAGGGUUAGCUAUUGUCUUCAUUUUGUUAUGACUUUACUAAUAUUUGUCUGAUAUGGAUCAGGGUUCUCGCCAAAGAAUGUAAGACAGGCGCUGCGCCACCUUGUGGACUGGCUGCACCAUUUUCCUUUAUUUGUUAUUAUAUAAGGCCUUUUUUUUUUUUUGCUUUCGGUUGCUGGAAAUGCGUAGUUUGCAGGAUUUUACAAUAUUUGCACAUUAUUCUUUUAAAAAUUCUUCAAACUCUUGUCAAGUUGGGUGUUGAUAAUUGCUAGAUAGACAUUUUCAAGUCUUACCAUAGAUUUUGAAGCCGAUUUAAGUCAAAACUGUAACUAGGCCACACAGGAACAUUCAAUGUCGUCUUAGUAAGCAACUCCAGUGUAUAUUUGGCCUUGUGUUUUAGGUUAUUGUCCUGCUGAAAUGUGAAUUUGUCUCCCAGUGUCUGUUGGAAAACAGACUGAAACUGAUUUUCCUCUAGGAUUUUGCCUGUGUUUAGCGCUAUUCUGUUUCUUUUUAAUUAAAUAAAACUCGCUGGUCCUUGCCGAUGACAAGCAUACCUAUAUAUAUAAGGAGGAUGGGAUCCACACAAAUCAUUUGGGUUCCUGGAUCCUUUCACACCAUUAAAAGGCUGCGUUGAGACAAUUACUUAUCAAUGACCCAAGCCCAGCUCCGUUCAUCCCUACCAUUGUGAUGCUGAGUUGUCAUAAUGCUUCAGCAAAUGUACAUUAUCCCAGGAGCGUUGGAAGACAAUGAAAGUAACUUCAUUUAUGUCCCCCUAAUUGCCCUGGAUACCUCUGUUGAUCCUACAGCUGUUGUAUGCAGUAAUCAUGAGCCUAUGAACCAGAGUUAUACUGUUAGCACUGAGGCGGUGUGCCCUAGUAGGAAGUCCACUGUGUGCAGCUCACCCUGCACUAUCAGCUCCAAUAUAAAUAACAUGAGCAAGUCUACUUUUGCUAAGCUUCCCAGUAAAGCAAUGAAAACAAUCAAGCAUCCCAGAAAAGUGUUACAAAUAGCCCAUAUUAACAUAUAUAUCUUAAGAAACAAGGUUCAUUAAGUCAAUAACUUGCUAGCAACAGAUGACAUCCAUAUUCUGACUAUCUCUGAAACUCACUUAGAUAAAACCUUUGAUGAUACAGUGGUAGCAAUACAUGGUUAUAACAUUUACAGACAAGACAGUAAUGCCAAAGGGGGCUGUGCUGCCACAUUCCUGUGAAGAUUAGAGAGGAUAUCAUGUUAAAUGCUGUUGAAGUAAUAUGGCUACAGGUUCAUCUGCCUCACAUAAAGCCCAUUCUGGUGGGAAGCUGCUAUAGACCACCAAGUGCUAACAGUCAGUAUCUGGGUAAUAUGUGUGAAAUGCUUGAUAAUGUAUGUGAUAUCAACAGAGAGGUAUAUUGUCUGGGUGAUUUCAAUAUUGACUGGCUUUCAUCAAGCUGCCCACUCAAGAAAAAGCUUCAAACUGUAACCAGUGCCUACAACCUGGUUCAGGUUAUCAGUCAACCUACCAGGGUAGUUACAAACAGCACAGGAAUGAAAUCAUCAACAUGUAUUGAUCUCAUCUUUACUAAUGCUGCAUACAUUUGCUUUAAAGCAGUAUCCAAAUCCAUCGGAUGUAGUGAUCACAAUAUAGUAGCCAUAUCUAGGAAACCAAAGAUCCAAAGGCUGGGCCAAAUAUAGUGUAUAAGAGGUCAUGCAAGAAGUUUUGUAGUGAUUCUUAUGUUGAUGUAAAGAAUAUUUGUUGGUCCGUGGUGUGUAAUGAGGAGCAACCAGACGCUGCACUUGACACAUUUAUGAAAUUGUUUAUUCCAGUUACUAAUAAGCAUGCACCCAUUAAGAAAAUGACUGUAAAAACUGUUAAAUCCCAAUGGAUUGAUGAGGAAUUUAAAAAAACGAUGUUUGAGAUGGAUGAGGCAAAAGGAAUGGCAAAUAAGUCUGGCAGCACAACCGAUUGGCAAAACGUACUGCAAAUUGAGAAAUCAUGUGACUAAACUGAAUAAAAGAAGAAGAAACUACACUAUGAAACAAAAAUAAAUUACAAAGAAUGAUAGUAAAAAGCUUUGGAGCACCUUCAAUGAAAUGUUGGACAAAAAGGCAAACUCAGCUCCAUCAUUCAUUGAAUCAGAUGGCUCAUUCAUCACAAAACCCACUGAUAUUGCCAACUACUUUAAUUAUUUUUUCAUUGGCAAGAUUAGCAAACUUAGGCCACAUGCCAGCAACAAACGCCAACACUACACAUCCAAGUAUAACUGACCAAAUUAUGAAAGACAGGCAUUGUAAUUUUGACUUCCGUAUAGUGAGUGUGGAAGAGGUGAAAAAAGUAUUGUUGUCUAUCAACAAUGACAAGCUACCUGGGUCUGAUAACCUGGAUGGAAAAUUACUGAGGAUAAUAGCGGACGAUAUUGCCACUCCUAUUUGCCACAUCUUCAAUUUAAGCCUACAAGAAAGUGUGUGCCCUCAGGCCUGGAGGGAAGCAAAAGUUAUUCCGUUACCCAAGAAUAGUAAAGCCCCCUUUACAGGCUCAAAAAGCCGACCAAUCAGCCUGUUACCAACCCUUAGUAAACUAUUGGAAAAAAUUGUGUUUGACCAGAUACAAUGCUUUUUUACAGUAAACAAAUUAACACCUGACUUUCAGCAUGCUUAUAGGGAAGGACAUUCAACAUGCACAGCACUUACACAAAUGACUGAUGAUUGGCUGAGAGAAAUUGAUGAUAAAAAGAUUGUGGGGUCUGUUUUGUUAGACUUCAGUGCGGCUUUUGACAUUAUCGAUCAUAGUCUGCUGCUGGAAAAAAUAAUUAGAGCUGCAGUAAAAUAAAAUAACAGUAGGGAGGCUGUAUACAGGGGGGGUACCGGUACAGAGUAAAUGUGCGGGGGCACCGGCUAGUUGAGGUAAUAUGUACAUGUGGGUAGAGUUAAAGUGACUAUGCAUAAAUAAUAGACAGAGUAGCAGCAGCAAUGCAAAUAGUCUGGGUAGCCAUGAUUAGCUGUUCAGGAGUCUUACGGCUUGGGGGUAGAAGCUGUUAAGAAGCCUUUUGGACCUAGACUUGGCGCUCCGGGACCGCUUGCCGUGCGGUAGCAGAGAGAACAGUCUAUGACUAUAGUCUUUGACAAUUUUUAGGGCCUUCCUCUGACACCGCCUGGUAUAGAGGUCCUGGAUGGCAGGAAGCUUGGCCCCAGUGAUGUACUGGGCCGUACGCACUACCCUCUGUAGUGCAUUGCGGUCGGAGGCCGAGCAGUUGCCAUACCAGGCAGUGAUGCAACCAGUCAGGAUGCUCUCGAUGGUGCAGCUGUAUAACCUUUUGAGGAUCUGAGGUCCGUGCCAAAUCUUUUCAGUCUCCUGAGGGGGAAUAGGCUUUGUCGUGCCCGCUUCACGACUGUGUUGGUGUGUUUGGACCAUGAUAGUUUGUUGGUGAUGUGGACACCAAGGAACUUGAAGUUCUCAACCUGUUCCACUACAGCCCCGUCGAUGAGAAUGGGGGCGUGCUCAGUCCUCUUUUUUUUCCCUGUAGUCCACAAUCAUCUCCUUUGUCUUGAUCACGUUGAGGGAGAGGUUGUUGUCCUGGCACCACAAGGCCAGGUCUCUGACCUCCUCCCUAUAGGCUGUCUCAUCGUUGUCGGUGAUCAGGCCUACCACUGUUGUGUCAUCUGCAAACUUAAUGAUGGUGUUGGAGUCGUGCCUGGCCAUGCAGUCAUGGGUGAACAGGGAGUACAGGAGGGGACUGAGCACGCACCCCUGAGGGGCCCCCGUGUUGAGGAUCAGCGUGACAGAUGUUGUUACCUACCCUUACCACCUGUGCUACAGGUCGGUAGUCAUCUAGGCAGGUUACCUUGGUGUUCUUGGGCACAGGGACUAUGGUGUUCUGCUUGAAACAUGUUGGUAUUACAGACUCAGUCAGGGACAUGUUGAAAAUGUCAGUGAAGACACUUGCCAGUUGGUCAGCACAUGCUCGGAGUACACAUCCUGGUAAUCCGUCUGGCCCUGCGGCCUUGUGAAUGUUGACCUGCUUAAAAGUCUUACUCACAUUGGCUACGGAGAGCGUGAUCACAUAGUCAUCUGGAACAGCUGGUGCUCUCAUGCAUGCUUCAGUGUUGCUUGCCUCAAAGCGAGCAUAAAGGGAUUUAAUCCAUCUGGUAGGCUUGUGUCACUGGGCAGCUCGCGGCUGUGCUUCCCUUUGUAGUCUGUAAUAGUUUUCAAGCCCUGCCACAUCCGACGAGCGUCAGAGCCGGUGUAGUACGAUUCAAUCUUAGUCCUGUAUUGACUCUUUGCCUGUUUGAUGGUUCGUCGAAGGGCAUAGCGGGAUUUCUUAUAAGCGUCCGGGUUAGGGUCCCGCUCCUUGAAAGCGGCAGCUCUACCCUUUUGCUCAUAGUGGAUGUUUCCUGUAAUCCAUGGCUUCUGGUUGGGGUAUGUACGUACGGUCACUGUGGGGACGACAUCAUCGAUGCACUUAUUGAUGAAGCCGAUGACUGAUGUGGUGUACUCCUCAAUGCCAUCGGAAGAAUCCCGGAACAUAUUCCAGUCAGUGCUAUUAAAACAGUCCUGUAGCUUAGCAUCUGCGUCAUCUGACCACUACCUUAUUAACCGAGUCACUGGUGCUUCCUGCUUUAGUUUUUGCUUAUAAGCAGGAAUCAGGAGGAUAGAGUUAUGGUCAGAUUUGCCAAAUGGAGGGCGAGGGAGAGCUUUGUAUGCGUCUCUGUGUGUGGAGUAAAGGUGGUCUAGAGUUUUCUUUCCUCUGGUUGCACAUGUGACAUGCUGGUAGAAAUUAGGUAGAACGGAUUUAAGUUUCCCUGCAUUAAAGUCCCCGGCCACUAGGAGCGCUGCCUCUGGAUGAGCGUUUUCCUGUUGACUUAUGGCCUUAUACAGCUCAUUGAGUGUGGUCUUAAUGCCAACAUCGGUUUGUGGUGGUAAAUAGACAGCUUCGAAAAAUAUAGAUGAAAACUCUCUUGGUAGAUAGUGGGUCUACAGCUUAUCAUGAGAUACUCUACCUCAGGCGAGCAAAACCUCGAGACUUCCUUAAUAUUAGAUUUCAUGCACCAGCUGUUGUUUACAAAUAUACACAGACCGCCACCCCUUGUCUUACCGGAGUCAGCCGUUCUGUCCUGCCGAUGUAGCGUAUAGCCCGCUAGCUGUAUGAUAUCCAUGUCGUCGUUCAGCCACGACUCUGUGAAACAUAAGAGAUGACAGUUUUUAAUGUCCCGUUGGUAGGAUAUCCAUGAUCGUAGGUCGUCCAUUUUGUUUUUCAAUGAUUGUACGUUGGCUAAUAGGAAUGAUGGAAGAGGCAGAUUACUCGCUUGCCGUCGGAUCCUUACAAGGCACCCCAACCUAUAUCCACGAUAUCUCCGUCUCUUUCUCAUGCGAAUGACAGGGAUUUGGGCCUUGUCAGGUGUCUGUAGAAUAUCCUUUGCGUCCGACUCUUUGAAUAAAAAAUCUUCGUCCAAUACGAGGUGAGAAAUCGCUGUCCUGAUAUCCAGAAGCUCUUUUUGGUCAUAAAAGACAUCUACCAAUAGGUGCCCUUCUUUGCGAGGCAUUGGAAAACCUCCCUGGUCUUUGUGGUUGAAUCGGUGUUUGAAAUUCACUGCUUCACUUAGGGGCCCUACAGAUCAUUGGAUAUGUGGGGUACAGAAAUUAGGUAGUCAUUCAAAAAUCAUGUUAAACACUAUUAGUUCACACAGAGUGAGUCCAUGCAACUUAUUAUGUGACUUGUUAAGCAAGUUUUCACUCCUUAAGUUAUUUAGGCUUGCCAUAACAAAGGGUGUUGAAUACUAAUUGUACUUUCAGAAAGCACUGUAAAUCUUUUGUCUUGCCCAUUCACCCUCUAAAUGGUACGGUACUAAUGAACCCCUGUCUCUGGGCCCCAGACUGUCUGGUCCUGCUGCUCAGCUCCAGGGUGCCAGUGGUGCCAGUGGUGCCGCCAGCAGCCCCCACUGUGUAGCCUUUCCUGGGGGAACAGCCUUCAUCACCAAGGAGACGUUUGGUGCCCAGCUGCCCUCCAGGUCAACGCCGGGCACGACCUCCGGACCAGGACACCUCAGAGACGGUACGUAUGAUUGGCUGAUCGAUUGACUAUGGAUUAUCACGUUUCCUACCGGUUCCUUCCAUUUUUAAAACCAUUUUGUCCCAAGUCCCCUGUGUUAUGGAGUAACAUCAUUAAAGCUCCUAUUUAGUGAUCAACAAAAUGUGUAUUUAGAGACAUGGCUUGUAGUCCCUCUCAAUUACUAUGAAGACAUUUACAUUUUACAUUUUAGUCAUUUAGCAGACGCUCUUAUCCAGAGCGACUUACAGUUAGUGAGUGCAUACAUUUUUCAUACUGCCCCCCCCCCCCCCCCCCCCCCCCCCCCCCCCCCCCCCCCCCAUGGGAAACGAACCCACAACCCUGGCGUUGCAAGCGCCAUGCUCUACCAACUGAGCUACAGGGGACAUGUCUCAAGGCUACAAGUCCCCAUGUGUUACAUUUUAAAUGUAGUCAUUUAGCAGACGCUCUUAUCCAGAGUGACUUAAAGGUAGUGCAUUCAUCUGAAGACAGCUGGGUGGGACAACCACAUAUCACAGGCGUAAGUAUAUUUUCCUCAAUAAAGUAGCUAUCGGCAAAGUCAGGGGGGAAAAGAGUCCAGUGUGAGUGUUUGUAAGGCUCUUCUGACUAGGCGCAUGUCGUCUUGUGUUCAGAUGGAAAACCACAGUUCAGCAGCAGACAGGAAGUGACUCACUCAGACCCUUUUAACACAUUUCAACCCUCUCAUCAUCAAGGUGAGUUACCUAACCCUCAGUCUAUUCUCUAUAUAUAGUUGUACUAUUUACCUAACCCUCAGUCUAUUCUCUAUAUAUAGUUGUACUAUUUACCUAACCCUCAGUCUAUUCUCUAUAUAUAGUUGUACUAUUUACCUAACCCUCAGUCUAUUCUCUAUAUAUAGUUGAAAAUCACUGCAACACUUAACAAAGAACUGCAGUUAGUUUCAGAAUGGGUGGCAAGGAAUAAAUUAGUCCUAAAUAUUUCAAAAACUAAAAUCAUUGUAUUUGUGACAAAUCAUUCACUAAACCCUAAACCUCAACUAAAUCUUGUAAUAAAUAAUGUGGAAAUUGAGCAAGUUGAGGUGACUAAACUGCUUGGGAGUAACCCUGGAAUGUAAACUGUCAUGGUCAAAACAUAUUGAUACAACAGUAGCUAAGAUGGGGAGAAGUCUGUCCAUAAUAAAGCGCUGCUCUGCCUUCUUAACAGCACUAUCAACAAGGCAGGUUCUACAGGCCCUAGUUUUGUCGCACCUGGACUACUGUCCAGUCGUGUGGUCAGGUGCCACAUCCGACGACCGUCAGAGCCGGUGUAGUAGGAUUCAAUCUUAAUCCUGUAUUGACGUUUUUGCUUGUAGGCAGGAAUCAGGAGUAUAGAAUUAUGGUCAGAUUUGCCAAAUGGAGGGCGAGGGAGAGCUUUGUAUGUGGAGUAAAGGUGGUCUAGAGUUUUUUUUUUUUCCUCUGGUUGCACAUUUAACAUGCUGGUAGAAAUUAGGUAGAACGGAUUUAAGUUUGCCUGCAUUAAAGUCCCCGGCCACUAGGAGCGCUGCAUCUGGAUGAGCGUUUUCCUGUUUGUUUAUGGCCUUAUACAGCUCGUUGAGUGCGGUCUUAAUGCCAGCAUUGGUUUGUGGUGGUAAAUAGACAGCUAGGAAUACUAUAGAUGAAAACUCUCUUGGUAGAUAGUGGGUCUACAGCUUAUCAUGAGGUACUCUACCUCAGGCGACCAAAACCUCCAGACUUCUUUAAUAUUAGACAUUGCGCACCAGCUGUUAUUGACAAAUAGACACACACCCCCGCCCCUCGUCUUACCAGACGUAGCUUCUCUGUCCUGCGGUGUCGUCGUUCAGCCACGACUCAGUGAAACAUAAGAUAUUACAGUUUUUAAUAUCCUGUUGGUAGGAUAUUCUUGAUCGUAGAUCAUCCAUUUUGUUUUCCAAUGAUUGCACGUUGGCCAAUAGAACGGAUGGUAGUGGAAGUUUACUCACUGGCCUACGAAUUCUCCGAAGGCAGCCCGACCUCCGAGCUCCGCCCCCUUUUUCUCUGUAUUUUCUUCACGCAAAUUAUGGAGAUUUGGGCCCGUUCCCGAGAAAGCAGUAUAUCCUUUGCGUCAGACUCGUUAAAGAAAAAAUCUUUGUCCAGUUCGAGGUGAGUAAUCGCUGUUCUGAUGUCCAGAAGUUAUUUUCGGUCAUGAGAGACGGUAGCAGCAACAUUAUGUACACAAUAAGUUACAAAAUAAGUGUCAAACAACGCAAAAACACUAACAAAAUAGCACAGUUGGUUAGGAGCCUGUAAAACGGCAGCCAUCCCCUCCGGUGCCAUUUCAUGACCACUACUUGUUUUUGUAAUUAGUGUUGACAUGACGAAUGCACCGAGCUGUCUGUUUAAACGACUAGCACACAGCUCAGACACCCAUGUAUACCCCACAAGACAUGCCACCAGAGGUCUCUUCACAGUCCCCAAGUCCAGAACAAACUAUGGGAGGCGCACAGUACUACAUAGAGCCAUGACUACAUGGAACUCUAUUCCACAUCAGGUAACUGAUGCAAGCAGUAAAAUCAGAUUUAAAAAACAGAUAAAAACACACCUUAUGGAACAGCGGGGACUGUGAAGCAACACAAACAUAGGCACAGACACAUGCAUACACACACACAAUAACAUACGCACUAUACACACACCUACACAUGGAUAUUGUGUUGUAGAUAUGUGGUAGUAGAGUAGGGGCCUGAGGGCACACAGUGUGUUGUGAAAUCUGUUAUGAAUGGAUUGAAAUGUUUUUUAAAUUGUAUAACUGCCUUCAUUUUGCUGGACCCCAGGAAGAGUAGCUGCUGCCUUGGCAGGAACUAAUGGGGAUCCAUAAUAAACCACAGGAAGAGUAGCUGCUGCCUUGGCAGGAACUAAUGGGGAUCCAUAAUAAACCCCAGGAAGAGUAGCUGCUGCCUUGGCAGGAACUAAUGGGGAUCCAUAAUAAACCCCAGGAAGAGUAGCUGCUGCCUUGGCAGGAACUAAUGGGGAUCCAUAAUAAACCACAGGAAGAGUAGCUGCUGCCUUGGCAGGAACUAAUGGGGAUCCAUAAUAAACCCCAGGAAGAGUAGCUGCUGCCUUGGCAGGAACUAAUGGGGAUCCAUAAUAAACCCCAGGAAGAGUAGCUGCUGCCUUGGCAGGAACUAAUGGGGAUCCAUAAUAAACCCCAGGAAGAGUAGCUGCUGCCUUGGCAGGAACUAAUGGGGAUCCAUAAUAAACCCCAGGAAGAGUAGCUGCUGCCUUGGCAGGAACUAAUGGGGAUCCAUAAUAAACCCCAGGAAGAGUAGCUGCUGCCUUGGCAGGAACUAAUGGGGAUCCAUAAUAAACCCCAGGAAGAGUAGCUGCUGCCUUGGCAGGAACUAAUGGGGAUCCAUAAUAAACCCCAGGAAGAGUAGCUGCUGCCUUGGCAGGAACUAAUGGGGAUCCAUAAUAAACCCCAGGAAGAGUAGCUGCUGCCUCGGCAGGAACUAAUGGGGAUCCAUAAUAAACCCCAGGAAGAGUAGCUGCUGCCUUGGCAGGAACUAAUGGGGAUCCAUAAUAAACCCCAGGAAGAGUAGCUGCUGCCUUGGGAGGAACUAAUGGGGAUCCAUAAUAAACCCCAGGAAGAGUAGCUGCUGCCUUGGGAGGAACUAAUGGGGAUCCAUAAUAAACCCCAGGAAGAGUAGCUGCUGCCUUGGGAGGAACUAACGGGGAUCCAUAAUAAACCCCAGGAAGAGUAGCUGCUGCCUUGGCAGGAACUAAUGGGGAUCCAUAAUAAACCCCAGGAAGAGUAGCUGCUGCCUUGGCAGGAACUAACGGGGAUCCAUAAUAAACCACAGGAAGAGUAGCUGCUGCCUUGGCAGGAACUAAUGGGGAUCCAUAAUAAACCACAGGAAGAGUAGCUGCUGCCUUGGCAGGAACUAAUGGGGAUCCAUUUACCAUGUUAACUGUUGUCUGGUUCUCUCUGUGUUGGUGGGGACACCAUGUUAACUGUUGUCUGGUUCUGUAGGGUCGGUCCUGUUAAGUCUGCUGCUACAGCAUCCUCUAGAACCCAGCAGUCUGGGUCUGGGUCACCUUCUCUGCAUCAGCCCUGACGCGCUACCAGGUCUCCUGACCAACACCUGUCUCAGCUCGUAAGACCCCCAUCGUGGGUUUUUGUAUCAGCCCUCAUUUGGCUGUUUUAUUUGAGUGUAUUUGUUGGUUGAUGCAGUAAUUGUAACACCGUGUCCACCCUUUACAGAGGGUCUUCAGUUGGCUCCGGUUCCUCCUCUCCAGAUCCCAGUGUUGUUCCCCGCCACAACAAGCCCCACAGUCAACAGCCACGCUUCAGACACUACCAGAAUCUGGCCCUGUCUGGCCUCAACAUGAUGGCCCUACCCAGCCACCACACUGCCCUUCCUCAGGACCUGCCCAACCCGAACCCCUCUCACUCUGCCCUGCCUCAGGACCUGCCCAACCCGAACCCCUCUCACUCUGCCCCUGCCCUGACCAACACUACCAGGUCCUGUCCCGGUGCUGUCCACCUUCUCCCCCUCCUCGACUACCACAUCGGCCUGUUCUGCCAGAGCCUGGAGGCCGUAGCCCUGGACGGCUCAGGGACGGGGUCUGGUAAGAGGACCCCGAGAGGGAGCUCUCUGUCCGGGUCCUCGGACGGCAGCCUGGCCUCCAGCGUGGAGGAUUCCCUGGGGAGUCAGGAGGAGUUUGCCCUGGCAGCCCUGAAGGUCCUGCAUCAUAGCGUGGCCCAGAGCUCUGAGGUGGUGAACACCCUGCUGGCCCUAAAAGGUGGAGCAGAGGGGAGCACAACACACAGGUUUGGAUGAUUUUGAAAACUUUUAAUGUCCUGAAUGAGGAAAUUCAAGUCGACACUUUUUAAAAACACAACAAAAGAUAAACAGUGUAUUAAGUUAUGGUCAGCAGGCUGAACAACAGAUACGCAGUGGAUUACGUUAUGGUCAGCAGGCUGAACAACAGAUAAGCAGUGUAUUGCGUUAUGGUCAGCAGGCUGAACAACAGAUAAGCAGUGUAUUAAGUUAUGGUCAGCAGGCUGAACAACAGAUAAGCAGUGGAUUACGUUGUGGUCAGCAGGCUGAGCAGUGUAUUAAGUUAUGGUCAGCAGGCUGAAUGUCUGCAACAUGUAAUAAUACAUACGCUAUGUGUACAGGUUGAGGGCUUGAUCUUAUUUGCAUGUUUGAAACAUUUAAUUUAAUUGAGAAACGCUACUAGGCUGAACCGUCAGCUGCCAUCACUGUUGACAUGCAUUAAAAAACUAAAUGUUUGCCUCCCAGUCUCUAAUCUGUGUUAGAUGUAUUAACGUCCUUUGAGAGGACAGUCUAUAAUCUGUGUUAGAUGUAUUAACGUCCUUUGAGAGGACAGUCUAUAAUCUGUGUUAGAUGUAUUAACGUCCUUUGAGAGGACAGUCUAUAAUCUGUGUUGAGAGGGCAGUCUGUGAAGCUCUGUUCUGUGCCCACAUACUUAAGAUAGUGACUAUUUAUUGUAAUGUUUGAUUUUAUUGAUUCAAUGGAUCCCAGGACUCCCUGGAAAACAGUGGCAAGUGUUACUGAGUGGACUAUCCUGGCUAAAUAAAUUAAAAUUUAAAUGAAAUUAUUUUAUUGACCAACAGGCCCAUCCUGGCCCCCCUGGUGCCUGACACCUCCAUCCAGCCUGGGACCUCCAGAACCUCUGAGACCCCAGUAGAUGGGACCAGAGACAGCCUGGACCUCCACCCUCUCCUCGGGAAGCUCCUUCAGCUAUCAGACCCCUCCUUCUCCACCAGCGCUGUUCAGAGGGAGGCCCUGGUGCCCGGCAGUCUGUCGACUCUCAACAUGCUGCUGGAGAGAGCACAGGAGAGGCAGCUGUCCAGGCAAGCCCCUUGGAUGCUUCCCAAAUGGCACCCUGUCCCCAAAGUAGUGCACUUAUGUAGGGAAUAGGGAGCCAUUUGGGACGUAUUCUCUUUGUUAAUGCAGAAAGGAAAGGGACAGGGAGUGUCUAGUUUGGUUAGUCUUAUGUAAGACUGGUCUUUUAGUUUUGGCAGCUUUGUUCUGUUGUCAAAUGACUGUUCAAUCUUCAAAAUAAUUGAAAUGUUUCCAGGUCCAUGCGUUAUUAUAAUGGUAUGAGGCAGAGUGAAGAACGUGAACGGGAGUUUCCUGCCUUGUUCAGACAUGUGAUGUUGUCUCCUGGCUGCAGGUUCCUGUGUGUUGUCUAGUCAGGCCAGUUAUGUGAUGUUAUAGGCUAGUGGCAAGGCAGAACAAAACACAACCAUGCUGUUCCACAUUUCUAAUGUCUCCCAUUUAUGAAAUGGAUGGUUGUGUAAAAAUAUUUUACUGCGAAAGUGGUUAAAUUUGAUAGAUAUUGUACAAUAUUGCCAGAUCUGAUAUUGCAAAAAUGUUGAAUCCAAGUAGUAAAUUGUCUGCGCUACAUAUACAAACAAACAGCAUUAGGAUAUCUUAAUGCAUCUAGGAAAUAUAGAUACAAUAGGUAGAAAUAUCAACUAUGAAGAUUUAUGACGAGUGUAAGCUUUUACUUUUUGGUAGCUGAUCAAUAGACAACUUUCCGAGUCAAAUGUGCCGUCAUUCAGCGCUGCCUGGUGCUGCCUGGCAACAAGACAUGCAGUUGAUGUUGUGGCUCUAAGGAAAACAAGUGGGCUCAGACAUCAGGAUUACAUUUUCUUGGGUCCAAGGUUCCUUGAAGGAUUUAGUAUCUUUAGCCCCUUACUCUUGCAAUUUAGUCAGGAGGCCACUGCAGAUUAUCUUUGGGGCCAGCCUGGACUUAGCCUCAAAUCCAAUAUGGCUGCCAUAAUACCAUUUUGAUGGACGUCAAAUCACCUGUACAACACUCAUGUCCAUGAAGACUGUUUUAGUGUAAAUCAAUUUCAUUCUGAAUCCAAUAUGGCCAACAUAGUUACACUAAGACACCUUCGCCUACAUAUAUACAUUGCCCUGGUUUAUUUUGUCUUUACAAGAGUUUCAUACGGCUCUUGAUAUAACCAGGACUAUGAGUGGCACUUCCAUGCCUCUGUAGUGUUUGAAUAGAUGAAGCCAACUUAGCUGUUCAAUGUGUUCAUGUUGUUCACAACACAACCACAUAGUACUGUAGUUACAGGAAAACAACCUGUAACACAACAACCAUCCACUCUAGCAGCAUAUAACCCUUUUUCCCCCUCUGAAACUAAGUGUGCAAGGUUGAUUCAGAGUCUUUGGGGUGUCCUAACAGGGAGGAGGCAAAGUAACCAGUAGUGGUUGUAGUUCUGGGGCCUGACCAGGUUGUAGUUCUGGGGCCUGACCAGGUUGUAGUUCUGGGGCCUGGCCAGGUUGUAGUUCUGGGGCCUGGCCAGGUUGUAGUUCUGGGGCCUGACCAGGUUGUAGUUCUGGGGCCUGACCAGGUUGUAGUUCUGGGGCCUGACCAGGUUGUAGUUCUGGGGCUUGACCAGGUUGUAGUUCUGGGGCCUGACCAGGUUGUAGUUCUGGGGCCUGACCAGGUUGUAGUUCUGGGGCUUGACCAGGUUGUAGUUCUGGGGCCUGACCAGGUUGUAGUUCUGGGGCCUGACCAGGUUGUAGUUCUGGGGCCUGACCAGGUUGUAGUUCUGGGGCCUGACCAGGUUGUAGUUCUGGGGCCUGACCAGGUUGCACAGCUAACUGGUCAUUCUGGGCAAGCUGCAGCGACUAGGGCAGGAUCCUUCCUGUAUGACCGGCAGGGUAUUGGGGCUGUGUAGUUCUACAACAGUUGGGUAAAGACACUCAGCAGAUGCAGCUUGCACCCCAUUGACUAACUGAAAUGUUAUCUCAGCCUGAAUGAUGCUGGGGACACUGUAGCAAUAGAAUGGUUGGUAGGUCUGGUUGUGAAGGAGAGCCUAUGAAAGGGCUGUCACAAACAGACCUGCCCUUAGUUUUUUAUGUUGAAGGAGGCAAAAAUUCUACUUCUUCCUUUUGAAGUCGGGUAAGGUUUAUUAUUAUUUGGCUGAUAUUUACUGUUGGCAGUUGGCUGAGAUUACGGUCUGGGUAGGCCCAGCAGGAGAUGAGGAGAGUGACAGAACCUGUGAGUGUGUAUUAUACGAUCAGCUCCUUAGUUUUGUUGACGUUCAGGGAGAGCGUUAUUUUCCCGGCACCACUCCGCCAGGGCUCUCACCUCCUCGCUGUAGGCUGUCUCGACGUUGUUGGUAAUCAGGCCUACCACUGUUGUGUCAUCAGCAAACUUGAUGAUUGAGUUGGAGACGUGCCUGGCCACCCUCGUGGGUGAACAGGAAGUAGAGGAGGAGGCUGAGCAGAGCACCCCUGUGGGGCCCCCGUGUUGAGGGUCAGCGUGGCGGAGGUGUUGUUGCCUCCAGGAAGUCCGGGACCCAGUUGCAGAGGGAGGGGUUCAGACCCAGGGCCCUGAGCUUAAUGAUGAGCUUGGAGGGUACUAUGGUGUUGAAGGCUGAGCUAUAGUCAAUGAACAGCAUUCUUACAUAGGUAUUUCUCUUGUCCAGGUGGGAUAGGGCAGUGUGCAGUGCAAUGGCGAUUGCGUUGUUCAUGGAUCUGUUGGGGCGAUAGGCAAAUUGUAGUGAGUUUAGUGUGUCUGGUAAGGUGGAGGGGAUAUGAUCCUUAACUAAACUCUCAAAGCACUUCAUGAUGACAGAAGUGAGUGCUACGGGGCAAUAGUCAUUUUGUUCAGUUACCUUCGCUUUCUUGGGUACAGGAACAAUUAGACUGGGAUAUGGAGAGAUUGAAUAUGUCUGUAAACACUCCAGCGUUCUGGUCUGCACAUGUUGUGAGGACGAGGCUUGGGAUGCCGUCUGUGCCGGCAGCCUUGCGAGGGGUUAACACGCUUAAAUGAUUUACUCACAUCGACCCACGGAGAACGAGAGCACACAGUCCUCGUGAGCAUCUGGGGCCCAUGUCGGCGGCUCAAUGUUUUCCUUGAAGGGAGCAAAGAAGGUUGUUUAGCUUUUCCGGGAGUGAAAUGUCGGUGUCCGCGACGUGGCUGGCUUUCCCUCCAUAAUCUGGCUUUCCCUCUAUCAUCAGGCUUUCCCUCUAUAAUCUGGCUUUCCCUCCAUAAUCUGGCUUUCCCUCUAUAAUCUGGCUUUCCCUCUAUAAUCUGGCUUUCCCUCUAUAAUCUGGCUUUCCCUCUAUAAUCUGGCUUUCCCUCUAUAAUCAGUGAUUGUCUGGAGUCCCUGCCACAUACGUGUCGUGUCUGAGCCACUGAAUUGCGUUCUAAUCGUCACAGUGAGAACAACAUCCUCUAUGCACUUCCUGAUGAACCCCGUCACUGAGUCAGUGUUAUACAUCGAUACUAUUCUCAGAGGUGACACGGAACAUUUCCCAGUCCGCGUGAUCAAAACAAUCUUGAAGCAUAGAUUGCGAUUGGUCAGAACAAUGUUGAACAGUCCUUACCACGGGUUCUUCCUGUUUAAAUUUCUACCUAUAGGUGGGGAGGAGCAGAAUAGAGGCGUGAUCUGAUUUGCCGAAGGGAGGGCGGGAGAGGGCCUUGUAGCCUUCUCAGAUGGGAGAGUAGCAAUGAUCCAGGGUCCGUGUUGCGCAUGUAGCACAGGAGAUGUGUUGAUAGAAGUCCCCAAUUACAAUAGAUGCGGCAUCAGGAUAUGCGGUUUCCAGUUUGCACAAAAUCCAGUGGAGUUCCUUGAGAGCCGUCGUGGUGUCUGCUUGGGGGGAAUAUAAAUGGCAGUGACGAUGACCGAUGAAAAUUAUCUUGGGAGGUAAUGUGGUCGGCAUUUGAUGGUAUAACAGAUCUGGAGAACAAAAGGACUUGAGUUCCUGUACGUUAUCACAAUCACAAGUUGUUAAACAUGAAACAAACCCCUCUGCCUUUCUUUUUUCACAGAGAGUUCUGAAUGGACGAGGACAAUAUAUCCGGAGAGAGCCAUGAUUCCGUAAAACAGAGUAUGUUACAGUCCCUGAUGUCUCUCUGGAAGGAGAUCCUCGCCCUGAGCUCGUCUACUUUAUUGUCCAGGGACUGAACGUUAGCGAGUAAUAUACUCUGAAGGGGUGGAUGGUGUGCCCGCCUCCUGAGCGACUAGGGCCCACUCCUUCUACCUCUUCUCCGGUGUCAGCGUUUUGGUGCAGCCCCUCGGGAUGAAUAGAGCUGCCUCGGGAAGUUCAAACAAAGGAUCCGUGUCAGGGAAGUCGAAUUUCUGGUGACCGCCGAUCUAAUAUCCAAAUGUUCUUUCCGGCUGUAGGUAAUAAUACAAGAAUUCUUCUGAGCAAAUAAUGUAAGAAAAAACACAAAAAAUUAAAAUACACUAUCUAAUGGUAAUUUGGCAGCCAUAUUGGAUUGUCGAUGCCAUAAUGGAUUUGGAGCAGAGGAGGCUGGUGUGAGGAGCUACAGGAGGACGGGUUCAUUGCAAUGGCCCGUCCUCCUAUAGCUCCUCCCACCAGCCUUCUCUGAUUUGGAGUCAAAUAUUAGGGACGCACCCUAACGUAAUUGCAAGAGGUUGAACAUGUAAAAUCUAAUAGAGGAACCUUUGACUGAAAAGAAUCAACAGUUUUCACUGUCUCAGCCCACAUGUUUUCCUUGGACCCGAUUUAGAUUAAUAGCCACAACAUCAUAAAACAUGUGUAACUAUUACAAUAAAGCAGUGAAUGACGGCAAAUUUGACUCGGAAAGUUGUCUAUUGAUCAGCUACCAAAAAGUAAAAGCUUACACUCGUCAUACAUCUUCAUAGUUGAUAUUUCUACCUAUUGUAUCUAUAUUUCCUAGAUGCAUUAAGAUAUCCUAAUGCUGUUUGUUUGUGUAUGUAGCGCAGACAAUUUACUACUUGGAUUCAACAUUUUUGCAAUAUCAGAUCUGGCAAUAUUGGGUUACAUGAGUUUAUUUGGCCCACCCCUCCUCCAGCCAGGCACUAAUCUGCACUUUGAGUUUAGGGGGGGGGGGGGUCACAAUAUCUAUCAAAUUACCAAUUUUUGCAGUAAAAUAUUCCAUUUAUUUAAAGGGAGACAUUAGAGAUGUGGAAAAACAUGGUUGUGUUUUGUUCUGCCUUGGGUUGAGGUGUGUUUUGUUCUGCCUUGGGUUGAGGUGUGUUUUGUUCUGCCUUGGGUUGAGGUGUGUUUUGUUCUGCCUUGGGUUGAGGUGUGUUUUGUUCUGCCUUGGGUUGAGGUGUGUUUUGUUCUGGCCUUGGUUGAGGUGUGUUUUGUUCUGCCUUGGGUUGAGGUGUGUUUUGUUCUGCCUUGGGUUGAGGUGUGUUUUGUUCUGCCUUGGGUUGAGGUGUGUUUUGUUCUGCCUUGGGUUGAGGUGUGUUUUGUUCUGCCUUGGGUUGAGGUGUGUUUUGUUCUGCCUUGGGUUGAGGCAUCUCAAAAACUAAAGCCCUUUGUGAGGACUGGCCACUAGCCUACUAUGUCAUGUUAUGUCAUGUUAUGUCAUGUUAUGUCAUGUUAUGUCAUGUUAUGUCAUGUUAUGUCAUGUUAUGUCAUGUUAUUUCAUGUUGUGUCAUGUGUUGCAUUACCUCCUGCAGGUUCCAGUGUGUCGUGUCCAGUCCGGCUUUGUCUCGCUGCCUGUCUCUAGACUCGUCCUACCAGACCCUGUUUCUGUCUGUCUCUCUGCUAGCUGGCCUGUCCCACAGUGAUGAGCUAGCUUUUAGAAUCUGCUGCCAUACAGGUAACUAAGGGGCCUCCUCUGCUGUCAUACAGGUAACUAAGGGGCCUCCUCUGCUGUCAUACAGGUAACUAAGGGGCCUCCUCUGCUGUCAUACAGGUAACUAAGGGGCCUCCUCUGCUGUCAUACAGGUAACUAAGGGGCCUCCUCUGCUGUCAUACAGGUAACUAAGGGGCCUCCUCUGCUGUCAUACAGGUAACUAAGGGGCCUCCUCUGCUGUCAUACAGGUAACUAAGGGGGCCUCCUCUGCUGUCAUACAGGUAACUAAGGGGGCCUCCUCUGCUGUCAUACAGGUAACUAAGGGGCCUCCUCUGCUGUCAUACAGGUAACUAAGGGGCCUCCUCUGCUGCCAUACAGGUAACUAAGGGGCCUCCUCUGCUGUCAUACAGGUAACUAAGGGGCCUCCUCUGCUGUCAUACAGGUAACUAAGGGGCCUCCUCUGCUGUCAUACAGGUAACUAAGGGGCCUCCUCUGCUAUCAUACAGGUAACUAAGGGGCCUCCUCUGCUAUCAUACAGGUAACUAAGGGGCCUCCUCUGCUGUCAUACAGGUAACUAAGGGGCCUCCUCUGCUGUCAUACAGGUAACUAAGGGGCCUCCUCUGCUGUCAUACAGGUAACUAAGGGGCCUCCUCUGCUGUCAUACAGGUAACUAAGGGGCCUCCUCUGCUGUCAUACAGGUAACUAAGGGGCCUCCUCUGCUGUCAUACAGGUAACUAAGGGGCCUCCUCUGCUGUCAUACAGGUAACUAAGGGGCCUCCUCUGCUGUCAUACAGGUAACUAAGGGGCCUCCUCUGCUGUCAUACAGGUAACUAAGGGGCCUCCUCUGCUGUCAUACAGGUAACUAAGGGGCCUCCUCUGCUGUCAUACAGGUAACUAAGGGACCUCCUCUGCUGCCAUACAGGUAACUAAGGGGCCUCCUCUGCUGUCAUACAAGUAACUAAGGGGCCUCCUCUCAUUGACUGGGUCUCCUUCAAAUUCAUUGAUUAGAUGAUUGGGUCUCCUUCAUAUUCACUGAUUAGAUGACUGGGUCUCCUUCAUAUUCACUGAUUAGAUUACCUUAUGUACUUGACCAACGUUGAAUAAAUCUGUAUUUCCAUGAAUAUGCUGGUCGUCAUGAUAUUGUUGUCCCCCCAGAUUGGUGUUUGUUCCUGAAGGUAUUCCAGUAUAUCACCUCCAGGCCUGACAAGACCGUCACAGACUCUCACUGGUCUCAGCUGGAGGUGGAGGUAACUAGGACUAUGUGUUGUUGAAAACAGAACAAAAUCACAACUUCUAUGUUGGGAGGACCAGAUAUGUGAUUAUCUCUGAUCUGACAGAGAACAUGUUUCUGUUCAUACAUGCUGUGUGUGUGUGUCCUCUGUUGACAGGUGGUGCGUUUCCUGACCAGUCUGUUCAAUAGGAAAGCUUCCACGUGGACCGUGUUCGUUGAGUCGUCCUGUCAGUGCCACAGUGAGGUAAGAAGCAGAGCUGUUUGUCAGCGCUACAAAAAUAGAAUGAAUAGCUUGGCGUUUUUGGAACCUCUCACCAUAGUGACCUGAAUGGGGGAUGCCGUUCUAUUCAUUCUAACUCUAUGGUCAGAGCUUUGGAGAGUUGGUCGACCAGCGUGCCUUUUGGUGUCUGUCAUGGAAUUCUUAUCUGUCGACAUGGAAAGUGUCUUAAGAGUAGGAACCCUGAUUUUUAUUUUGAAACAUCUUCUGACGGUGGUUGUGUCUGUCUCUGUGAGCAGGUAGUGAAGACCACGGUGGUGCUCCUCCACAGGCAGUGGCUGGCCCUCCUGGGCCGAGUGGAGGGGGGCCCUGGGGUCGAGGCAGCGACCCAAAGCCCAGCGUGGUGCACCUCUCCUGGGGUUGACUUGCUGAGGGAGGCCCUGAUGCUGCUCCACUGGCUCUUCCUCAACAACAGUAGCUUCUCGGAGCACUGCCUCCCUGUCCUCCACAUGUACGACCAGAUGAUUCCUGCCAUUAGAGACACCUUCAGGAGGAUCCCCUACCUCUCAGAGAGUGAAGGUAGGUAAUAGAGCUGGGGUGGGCAAACAGUGUCCAGCGGGAAAUAUGUCUUUUAAUAAAAAUAUACACUGAACAAAAAUAUAAACGCAACAUGUAAAGUGUUGGUCCCGUGUUUCUUGAGCUGAAAAAAAUGUUUUCCAUACGCACAAAAAGCUUAUUUCUCUCAUAUUUUGUGGACAAAUUUGUUUGCAUCCCUGUUAGUGAGCAUUUCUCCUUAGGCGAAGAUAAUCCAUCCACCUGACAGGUGUGGCAUAUCAACAAGCUGAUUAAACAGCAUGAUCAAAGAUGGCGCCAACAGACAUGACAGCUCUGCUUCUAGCUCCUAAGCAACAGACACGGCAGCUCUGCUUCUAGCUCCUCAGCAACAGACAUGGCAGCUCUGCUUCUAGCUCCUCAGCAACAGACACGGCAGCUCUGCUUCUAGCUCCUCAGCAACAGACACGGCAGCUCUGCUUCUAGCUCCUCAGCAACAGACAUGGCAGCUCUGCUUCUAGCUCCUAAGCAACAGACAUGGCAGCUCUGCUUCUAGCUCCUAAGCAACAGACAUGGCAGCUCUGCUUCUAGCUCCUCAGCAACAGACAUGGCAGCUCUGCUUCUAGCUCCUGAGCAACAGACAUGGCAGCUCUGCUUCUAGCUCCUCAGCAACAGACAUGGCAGCUCUGCUUCUAGCUCCUAAGCAACAGACAUGGCAGCUCUGCUUCUAGCUCCUAAGCAACAGACAUGGCAGCUCUGCUUCUAGCUCCUAAGCAACAGACAUGGCAGCUCUGCUUCUAGCUCCUCAACAACAGACAUGGCAGCUCUGCUUCUAGCUCCUCAGCAACAGACAUGGCAGCUCUGCUUCUAGCUCCUAAGCAACAGACAUGGCAGCUCUGCUUCUAGCUCCUGAGCAACAGACAUGGCAGCUCUGCUUCUAGCUCCUCAGCAACAGACAUGGCAGCUCUGCUUCUAGCUCCUAAGCAACAGACAUGGCAGCUCUGCUUCUAGCUCCUAAGCAACAGACAUGGCAGCUCUGCUUCUAGCUCCUGAGCAACAGACACGGCAGCUCUGCUUCUAGCUCCUAAGCAACAGACAUGGCAGCUCUGCUUCCAGCUCCUAAGCAACAGACACGGCAGCUCUGCUUCUAGCUCCUAAGCAACAGACAUGGCAGCUCUGCUUCUAGCUCCUAAGCAACAGACAUGGCAGCUCUGCUUCUAGCUCCUAAGCAACAGACAUGGCAGCUCUGCUUCUAGCUCCUGAGCAACAGACACGGCAGCUCUGCUUCUAGCUCCUAAGCAACAGACAUGGCAGCUCUGCUUCUAGCUCCUAAGCAACAGACAUGGCAGCUCUGCUUCUAGCUCCUCAGCAACAGACAUGGCAGCUCUGCUUCUAGCUCCUAAGCAACAGACAUGGCAGCUCUGCUUCUAGCUCCUAAGCAACAGACAUGGCAGCUCUGCUUCUAGCUCCUAAGCAACAGACUUGGCAGCUCUGCUUCUAGCUCCUAAGCAGCAGACACGGCAGCUCUGCUUCCAGCUCCUAAGCAACAGACAUGGCAGCUCUGCUUCUAGCUCCUCAGCAACAGACACGGCAGCUCUGCUUCCAGCUCCUAAGCAACAGACAUGGCAGCUCUGCUUCUAGCUCCUAAGCAACAGACAUGGCAGCUCUGCUUCUAGCUCCUAAGCAACAGACAUGGCAGCUCUGCUUCUAGCUCCUAAGCAACAGACAUGGCAGCUCUGCUUCUAGCUCCUAAGCAACAGACAUGGCAGCUCUGCUUCUAGCUCCUAAGCAACUUUGCAGUAUUUUGUUUUUUUGGUGUGUUAUUUCUUACAUUAUUAGCCCAGAACGUUUUUUUGUGUUAUUACAUACAGCCGGAAAUAACUUUUGGAUAUCAGAGCGGCGGUAACUCACCAGCAUUACGACCAGGAAUACGACUUUCCCGAAUUGGAUCCUUUGUUCGUACCCCCCAGGGCAAUUGAACUUAUCCCAGAGGCUGCUCCAAGAGGUAUUCGGAGUGGACAUCUAGUCCGACUCAGGAGGCGGGCACACCAUCCACAGCUUCAGAGUAUAUUACUCGCUAAUGUUCAGUCUCUGGACAUUAAAAGUAGACGAGUUCAGGGCGAGGAUCUCCUUCCAGAGAGACAUCAGGAACUGUAACAUACUGACCCCGUCCAUACAGCCAGCUGGGUUCUCAGUACAUCGCGCAGACAGGAAUAAAGAACUAUCCGGGAAGAAGAAAGGCAGUGGUGUAUGUUUCAUGAUUAACUACUCAUGGUGUGAUUGUGAUAACAUACAAGUCCUUUUGUUCACCCAACCUAGAAUACCUCACAAUCAAAUCUGUCCGUAUUACCUCCCAGGAGAAGUCUCUUCGGUUAUAGCCGUGUAUAUUCCCCCUCAAGCCGAUACCACGACGGCCCUCAAGGAACUACACUGGACUUUAUGCAAACUGGAAACCACGUAUCCUGAGGCCGCAUUUAUUGUAACUGGGGACUUUAACAAAGCAAAUUUGAGGAAAACGCUACCGAAGUUCUAUCAACACAUUGACUGUAGUACUCGCGCUAGUAAAACGCUCGACCACUGCUACUCCCCCUUCCGGGAUGCCUACAAGGCCCUCCCCCGCCCACCCUUCGGCAAAUCAGAUCACGACUCCAUUUUGCUCCUCCAUUCCUAUAGGCAGAAACUCAAACAGGAAGUACCUGUGCUAAGGUCUAUUCAACGCUGAUCUGACCAAUCGGAGAAUCCAUGCUUCAAGAUUGUUUUGAUCACGUGGACUGGGAUAUGUUCAUAUCCACCUCUACCUUACCUGACACCCUAGACCCACUUCAAUUUGCAUACUGCCCCAAUAGAUCCACAGACGAUACAAUCGCCAUCACACUGCCCUAUCCCAUCUGGACAAGAGGAAUACUUAUGUAAGAAUGCUGUUCAAUGACUAUAGCUCAGCCUUCAACACCAUAGUACCCUCCAAGCUCAUCAUUAAGCUCGGGGCCCUGGGUCUGAACCCUGCCCUGUGCAACUGGGUCCUGGACUUCCUGACGGGCCGCCCCCAGGUGGUGAAGGUAGGAAACAACACCUCCACUUCGCUGAUCCUCAACACAGGGGCCCCACAAGGGUGCGUGCUCAGCCCCCUCCUGUACUUCCUGUUCACCCGUGACUGGGUGGCCACACACGCCUCCAACUCAAUCAUCAAGUUUGCAGAUGACACAACAGUGGUAGGCCUGAUUACCAACAAUGACCAGACCGCCUACAGGGAGGAGUUGAGGGCCCUGGUGUAGUGGUGCCAGGAAAAUAACCUCUCCCUCAAUGUCAACAAAACGAGGGAACACGCCUCUAUCCACAUCGACGGGACCGCGGUGGAGAAGGUAAAAAGCUUCAAGUUCCUCGGCGUACACAUCACUGCCCAUCUGAAAUGGUCCACCCACGCAGACAGUGUGGUGAAGGUGUGACGGCGCCUCUUCAACCUCAGGAGGCUGAAGACAUUUGGCUUGGCACCUAAGACCCUCACAAACUUUUACAGAUGCACAAUUGAGAGCAUCCUGUCGGGCUGUACCACCGCCUGGUACGGCAACUGCACCGCCCGCAACCGCAGGGCUCUCCAGAUGGUGGUGCGGUCAGCCCAACGCAUCACCGGGGGCACACUGCCUGCCCUCCAAGACACCUACAGCACCCGAUGUCACAGAAAGGCCAAAAAGAUCAUCAAGGACAUCAACCACCCGAGCCACGGCCUGUUCACCCCGCUAUCAUCCAGAAGGCGAGGUCAGUACCGGUGUAUCAAAGCUGGGACCGAGAGACUGAAAAACAGCUUCUAUCUCAAGGCCAUCAGACUGUUAAAUAGCCAUCACUAGCCGGCUACCACCCAGUUACGCAACCCUGCACCUUAGAGGCUGCUGCCCCAUAUACAUAGACAUGGAAUCACUGGUCACUUUAAUAAUGGAACGCUAGUCACUUUAAUAAUGUUUACAUACCGCUUUACUCAUUUCAUAUGUAUAUACUGUAUUCUAUUCUACUGUAUUUUAGUCAAUGCCACUCCGAUAUUGCUCGUCCUAAUAUUUAUAUAUUUCUUAAUUCCAUUCUUUUACUUUUAGAUUAGUGUGUAUUGUUGUGAAUUGUUAGAUACUACUGCACUGUUGGAGCUAGGAACACAAGCAUUUCGCUACACCCGCAAUAACAUCUGCUAAAUAUGUGUAUGUGACCAAUAGAAUUUGAUUUGAAACAGGUGCACCUUGUGCUGGGGACAAUAAAAGGCAGCUCUAAAAUGUGCAGUUUUGUCACACAACACAAUGCCACAGAUGUCUCAAGUUUUGAGGGAGCGUGCAAUUGGCAUGCUGACUGCAGGAAUGUCCACCAGAGCUGUUGCCAGAGAAUUGAAUGUUAAUUUCUCUACCAUAAGCCGCCUCCAACGUCGUUUUGGAGAAUUUGUCAGUACGUCCAACUGGCCUCACAACCACGUGUAUGGCGUUGUGUGGGCGAGCGGUUUGCUGAUGUCAACGUUGUGAACAGAGUGCCCCAUGGUGGGGUUAUGGUAUGGGCAGGCAUAAGCUACAGACAACGAACACAAUUUCAUUUUAUCGAUGGCAAUUUCAAUGCACAGAGAUACCGUGAUGAUCCUGAGGCCCAUUGUCGUGCCAUUCAUCCACUGCCAUCACCUCAUGUUUCAGCAUGAUAAUUCACAGCCCCAUAUCACAAGGACCUGUACACAAUUCCUGGAAUUUGAAAAUGUCCCAGUUCUUCCAUGGCCUGCAUACUCACCAGACAUGUCACCCAUUGAGCAUGUUUGGGAUGCUCUGGAUCGACGAGUACGACAGCGUGUUGGGACAACAUUCCACAGGCCACAAUCAACAGCCCGAUCAACUCUAUGCGAAGGAGAUGUGUCGCGCUGCAUGAGGCAAAUGGUGGUCACACCAGAUACUGACUGGUUUUCUGAUCCACGCCCCUACCUAUUUUUUAAAGGUAUCUGUGACCAACAGAUGCAUAUCUGUAUUCCCAGUCAUGUGAAAUCCAUAGAUUAGGGCCUCAUUUAUUUAUUUCAAUUGACUGAUUUCCUUAUGAACUGUAACUCAGUAAAAUCUUUGAAAUUGCUGCAUGUUGCAUUUAUAUUUCUGUUCAGUUUUUUUUUUUCCAGGUCACACUACAGCUUGGUCCAAAAAGUUUGACCACCCCCUGUCGUAGAGGGUGGUCACUCCACAUGGACCCAGCCAGCCAUAUAUUGAAUAUCUCUAUCCUUGCAAUGAUCCUUUUAUGUGUAAAUCUUCCCUGUUUCCUGUGUAACUCAUGUAUUCUGUUUUGUUAGAACUGGCUUUGGAUGAGAUUUGUCGUCCUGAGUCUGAGGAUACUGAAGAUGUGGACCUAGAUGCUGGCUCCUGACCUGUUGUUCCUUCUCUGUUGUGUACCGGAUUGGCGUGAAGUUUCCCCCUAGAUACUGGCUCCUGACCUGUUGUUCCUUCUCUGUUGUGUACCGGAUUGGCGUGAAGUUUCCCCCUAGAUACUGAUCUUGGAUCAUUUUCCCCCACAAAUGGUUAAGGUCAGGACUGGGGGGGGGGAAGAGAACUGAAUUGAACCCAGCCCUGCUUUGUACAGCUACUAAUGCCAGCGUCCCAAAUUGGGCCCGUUUCCCUAUAUAGUGCACUACUUU